AGGGGAGAGACUGAUCACAAAUUGAGGGAGCUUUUCGGCGCUUGGCUUUGAGACCCCGGAUGUUGCGCCUGCGCAAUUGAGACGGCAGGACGUGGAUCAGUAGCUAACCAGCCGUUGGCCUGCCUGCCUCCUGCCAUGUCCUCUCCUCCGGGGUCCUCGCUGGAGAAGCCGCAGAUCAUCGCGCACGCGCAGCAGGGCCUGAACUACACGGUCUUCGAGUGCAAGUGGGUGCCCUGCAGCGCCCGCCUGGUCUGCCUGGGCAGCUUCCCCAGGGGCACCGGCGUCAUCCAGCUCUACGAACUGGCCGGGGGACAGCUCAGCCUCCGCCGAGAAAUUGAAAAGCCAAGGCCAAUUAAAUGUGGAACAUUUGGUGCUGCCUCUCUGCAACAAAGAUACCUGGCGACAGGGGACUUUGGUGGAAAUUUAAAUAUAUGGAAUUUGGAAGCUCCAGAAACACCAGUCUACUCUGCAAAGGGACAUGAAGAAAUCAUAAAUUGUAUUGAUGGUGUAGGUGGCUUAGGGGUUGGAGAAGGAGCACCAGAAAUUGUGACUGGUAGUCGUGAUGGGACUGUGAAGGUAUGGGAUCCAAGACAAAAAGAUAUUCCAGUUGCAAAUAUGGAACCAGCACAAGGAGAGAGUAAGCGAGACUGCUGGACAGUAGCAUUUGGCAAUGCAUAUAAUCAAGAAGAGCGUGUUGUUUGUGCUGGCUAUGACAAUGGAGACAUCAAGUUGUUUGACCUUAAGAACAUGACAUUGCGAUGGGAAACCAACAUUAAGAAUGGGGUUUGCAGUGUUGAAUUUGACCGGAAAGAUAUAAAUAUGAACAAAUUGGUUGCUACAUCACUUGAAGGGAAGUUUCAUGUAUUUGAUAUGCGCACUCAGCAUCCAACCAAAGGGUUUGCUUCAGUUUCAGAGAAGGCUCACAAAUCUACUAUGUGGCAAGUUCGACAUCUUCCACAGAACAGAGAUAUCUUUUUAACUAGUGGAGGAGCUGGAAACCUUCAUCUUUGGAAAUAGUAAGUAUAUAGCUUCACACAUAUGCUAU